AUGGAAGAGGAUAAGGUUGGUGUUCAGUUGAGCUAUGACGAGUUGGUUGAUCAUAUCGUUAACAAUAAGCCUGUGCCCAACGUUAAGGUAAUCCCAAAUAUCACACAUGAUGAAUCUGAAAUAUCUAAAUCAGAGUUGAAACCUAGAGGUAAGCCCUGGGAUACAACUGAGUCCAAAACUCAAGUACGUGCCUCUGAUAAGAGUAGUGUUGAAAUUGAGGGAUCUGAUGGGAAACAAGAGAUUAAGGUUACUGAAGGGUCAGAAGAUAUUGAGAACUAUGAAGAGUACUUCAAGUUGGAAGAAGACCUGGCAACAUCAGGAAAUGGGAUCAAAAGGUGA